AUGUCUUUGCCAGCGUCUACAGCAGUACCCAGUCCCUCAAAACGAAACUCUCGUACGACCGCGUCUCGGGGCAAGUGGAGCGAGGAGCAUUUACUUACUAGUGACAAGUCAGUUCUCAUUGCUGCUGAUCUUGUGAAGCUUCUUGCGAAACCAGAAGCUUGGAAUAUACUUGAAGAAAAGGAGAAACGUCAAAUUCUUAGUCUCCUCCCCUCGGAUAUCCACCCAGCUUCAGAGCUUCCUUCCGACGAUUUAAACUCAAAGAUACCCCCACUUCCGGAUUCGUUUAUUCGAUAUUCCAACAACUGGCGCGAUGGUAUCCGUCAAUUCCAAGUUGACCUUGAGAAUGGUCGAUUCGAUCCAGAGUGGCUGUGUCAAGCCGAGAAUGCGCGGCGCAAGCGAGAGAAUGGCGAUUUUGACUCAUUCAAGGAGCGCGAGUUCGAAAGAUUCUGGGGGCAAAAGCAAAAAACGCAAAUGAAUGUGAUAUCGGGCGAGAGCUCCAAGAUCAAGCUUCCACAGCUCAUCGAAGCUGGUGUGUUCAUGAUCGGCGAUGUGUGGCGCUUCGACUACGUCUGGGGCAAAGGGCCUGAACGAGUGCAUGUCGCAAAGGAAGUCAGAAUACACAAGAUCGAUGGCCAAAAUCUUUCGUUUGUGGCUCCUACUGGCCAACGAAUAUUUCUUACUUCGCAUUCAGCCACCACGGAUGGCAACCAUGUGCAUAAACAGCGUGAUGACCAAAAGCACAAUGGGAUUACUUGGUCUGGGUCAUCUCAGCAUGAUGUUCACGAGUUGAAGCUUGAAGCUCCCGAAAGAGACGCACCCCCAAAUACAGUCUCAAACAGAAUGUCAGAUGACAUUACCAAGAACAGCGAGAUGGAUGCCAAAGUUGAUUUUCAAGAGCCGAAAAGCAUACCCGAAGUCGACGAACAGGCGUGCGUAUCCGAAAACCUUACCAAGGGGGAUGCCGAUCAACGUCCGACUCGUGCCGAAACUCAAGAUAUGGACGAAGACGGCCUCGUUCAAGUGGUGAUCAUGAGUCCACAACAAGGCGCACAUAGUCUCAAGCGACCUAUUCCAUCGGCAGCACCCGAGCCAGCAGCCAAACGAAAGCGUGGCCGACCUCGAAAGGUCGAUCUUUCCACACCUACACACCAAGCUCUGGCUCACGUGGGGGAUCUAUCGAGAUCCGAGGUCCAGGUCCUGAUCAGUGCCGGUCCAUCUGGACAAUCAGCCACUGAAGUCUCUCCGCAAGCCAAUCCAGCCGAAACAAAUCCAAUUCUUGUCGAUACAGUACCCUCAAUGAUCAGCGCCCCGGAACGGCAAUUGUCUUCGCCAGCUUCAACCGCUCGCUCUUUAUCUCCACAGCCCUGCGUGCCCAAACAGAGCGCAAAGCACAUAGACGAUUCCUCCGUUUCUGCACAGGAUGGACAUAUCACAAAGAGUGAUGAAGAUCCCGACAGGGGCCCGAGAGAGCAUGUCUCUCUGAAUCAAACCCCGAGCUCGCUUCGAACAAAUCUCAGGGACUCUUCUGAAAAGCUGACCAAGGAGCUACCUAUGGUAUCGGGCGAAGAAGCUUCUGUGAAGCCUGGCCCAGAGCCCUCAUCGCUGCCAUCAGAGCAGUCUGAUGACCACGAGGUUGAAUGCGAACCGGACGAGAUCAUCUUGUCCGACAUAUCAACGCCGAUGGCGUUGGUCAAAAGAAUUCUUCAGAUUGAUGGUCGACGUGCCGACGGCCGUACGGCCAACACUUGGAAGGAGAUUCGAUGCUACCGCAAAAACCAGGAUAUGGGUAGUCUUUUUGAUGUCAGACAGACAUGGUAUUUAAGGCAGACAUGA